AGCGCGUCUAUCCGGCCCUUCUUCGAAGUUACAUCACUCUCUUCCUGCUUCGCGACCAUGGACGACUUCAAGGCGCCUGACCAGUCGCAGUCGGGAUUGACGCCAGAUGCACCGCAGCGCUCUGAUGUCGACGAGAUUUUGAGACGGAAGCGAAAGGCGCGCGAGUACAAGGCCUGCUACCCGUGUAGGCAGCGAAAAGUAAAGUGCGAUCAGAAUGUGCCUUGCAAGACAUGCGUUGUUCGCGAACAUCCAGAGCUAUGUACCUACCACCCGCCCACCGAGGCGCAUCCGCCCGCCAAACGCAUAAACAUGGGCCUUGGGCAGAACGGACAAGACUUUUCGAAUGGCAUAGUCCACAUACACGGCGGAACCGUCACCCUACCUAGAGAGGACUGGGAGCACAUAUGCGCCAAAUUACAGCAGGCCGAGAAGUCGCUCGGCGAGCUGAAAAACUCCAUCAGCAGCGUCUCAGAGGUGCCGCCGCCUAUAAACGGCUUCUCUCCUACCGCGUCUGGAAAUACGCCAUUAGCUGCUACUGCCCCGAUAGAUGGCGAGCACAGCCAUGUUCGAACCCAAGGCAUACACACGCGCAACGACAUCACCGGCCAGACCAUCCAUAUUGGGCCCAGCUCCGUACCUGCACUUGUCAUGGCUUUGGGGAGAGGAGACACACAGUGGGCGCCCGGUGUACAGGAUCUCUUGGGCAAGAAGAGCAUGCUGCCCAUUUUCGGCCUGGACAACGAGAGCGCCACCUAUCCCUUUGUGGACCUAUGGGGCCUUCCCCACGGUUCGAUCAUGCGCGCCACCGAACUCGCCAACGCCCUACCAAGCGAUUCAGAAUGCUUGAGCUUCUUCCGGAGUUAUCGCGAAACUGCCCAUGUUGUGUAUCCCGCCGUCGCUGACAUUGAGGGCAUUGAAUCAGAACUCCUGCUGUUCUUGAUUAACCGUGCAAGCUCGCACGGCUCCAAUGGCAUAACAGACCAGCAGAUCUACACCAAAGACUUCCACUGGAUUGGACUUGUCUUUGCCAUCCUAGCUUCGGGCUGUCAAUGCUCAAGUCUGUCGAGAAGAGAGCGGGAGUUGACAUCGCAAGUCUAUGUGUGUUGCAGUUUCGAAUGCCUGCGCUUCACCAAUUUCCUCUCGCAUGCGACGUUGGAAAACAUCCAGACACUCCUGAUUCUCGGAAACGUCAUUUCAAAUAACAUGAACGCUGGAGUCGCCUGGAGCCUGAUGGGUCUCACAGUUCGUCUUUCACAGACGCUUGGGCUACAUCGGCUGUGUCCUCCUUCCACCCCCGUGCAACAGAAGAUUGUUCGAAGUAAAGUCUGGUGGGCAUUGCUGUGGCAGGACUCGUUGUUGUCCGUUUCAUACGACAGGGCUUCGUCAACAACUACCAUCGACCACACCGUACCCCUCAGUCAACAUACAGCGCCCGGUACAAGGACUUACGUCGAAAGCAUGUAUCGGUUGUGCAAGGUAGGCCUUGACAUUGUCCGCGAGCGACAACGACCGCAAAACUCCCACGAUGCUUUGAUCAGGAUUACUGAACACCGAAACGAGCUCCAAGAAAUCAUGGUAGAAGCAGCCGAUUACUUGAAAGACUCAAGACGGUGUCGUUCGAUGCGCGAUCAAUUAGAACACUGGGCCCUGUACCUUCACAUCUCGUACAUCACCUCCGAGCUCUGUCGACCUGCCGUUAGCCCCAGCACUGCCGGUCUUGACCUCUCCAAAACACUGCGAAAGUCGUGUAUCGACAGUCUCACCAACACCGUCGAGGCCUUUCUCGGCCUGCAAAACAUGACGCCCUUUGCAACCCGCUCUUGGGCGGCCGUCCACCGAUCCCUCAGCUCCGCCCUGCUCCUCGGCAUCCUCGGCGAACACAACCGCAACGAGCGCGCCCGCGGCUUGCUCCAAAACAUAAUCCAAAUCCUGACCGACGUCACCAAGGACGUUGAUCCUGCGGAGCUGGCUACGCCAAUCACAAGAUCGGUGUCGGCGCUUGAGCGGCUGUUGAAGAUUACGAGUCCGCAUAAUCGGAACACGAGCGACUCAGGGAGUCAGGCGAGCCCCACGAUGCAUGUUUUCACUGCGGACGAUCUCAAUAAUGCGCUACAAAAUGGCGACGGGAAUCUAUUUAGCCAGAGUCCGUUGUUGGGAUUGGAUUUGGAAUCAAGCCCGUACGCGCUUAUGGAGAGCAUUGUUUGGGGCGCGCAGAAGACGCCUUGAAAGACUGCGCCCAAAAACGACGAGAAAUAUUAUUUGAUCACAGGUGGAUCUCUCACUCAAGGCUGGUCCAUCCAGUUGUGUUGACCAUUUUAGCAAAACAUGGAGAUUUCUGAGAGCGUAGCUGACAAGCACCCGAUUAAUAUGGCUGGGGCACGAUACAUGGUACAUGGUACACGGUACGACUCGACUUUAUGAAGGAGGACCGCAACUCGUAGGGCAGUUCGACAAGUUGAAGUAGUGCUUCAGAUGUGUAUUAGCACGGCACAGGAGAAGUAGAAAAGAGCGCAAUGGGCAUUUCAUAAGCCAUGUGCGUGAGAAAGAAGUUUUCUGAUGACGACGAGAACGAAAUCCACACUACGGCCGAGUCCCGAAGUACGUGAUUCAUAGAGUACGAGACCGUUCGCUCAUAUCAGGGCCCAUAACGACGGCUCGACAAAGCAAUUCACAUACUAUACCAUGCU